AUGGAUAUCCAAAUCGACAAUCUCACCCUCCUCUUGCUCGGCGCACUAGUCGUGCUGCUGCUCUACCAGCGCCUCUCGACGCCGAGCUCGCUUGUCCACUCCCUCCAGCUUGGCGGGCAGGCCGCGCCAGCUGCCGUCCGCCAGCCAGGUGAGAGUCCAAUCUACCGCGCCUGGGCGACGGGACAGGGCACGCCGCUCCAAGUCCGCCCUGCUGGGAAUCUGAAGACUGCCGAUAUGGCCGCGCGUGCUCCGCCGCCCAGCGUGAUGCCUGGCAAACCCCUCCCGCCCAUUAAACAGCGCUACAUCCUCGACACACCAGCACUCGCCGAGGUCGCGCGUCUCGUCCCUCUUGGCCUGCGUGCGCUCUUCCCCAAGCUCGCAAGUGAGGAGGUGACGCCUAUUGCGGUUCUCCUUCCUCCUUCGCCGACAACGUCGCUCCCAACACUCCUCCUGGCCCUUGCUAGCGAGCCUCGCCACCCGCUGGUUAUCCUUGACCACCCGCGCCGACUCGCCUCAGCUCUCAGCGGCAAGGACCAUCCCGUGCCGUCGCUUAUCGUCGCCCAUGCGUCGGCUGCCAAGGCCAUCGCCAACCUUCCCACCGGUGUGGAUGUCCUCCUCGUCGGCGACCCCGAGGGUAAGGUCGAUAUUAAGGCCCGGAGGUGGGAGGAGAUCUGGGACCCGGCCGAGGCCGCGACCGCCGACAACCACGAGAACACCUGGUCGGACGCUUUUGGAUGGUUCUACGCGCCCGACGGCGAGGUCCUCUCCGCGACGCACAUGACGAUUACGGCCGGCAUGGCGGGCAUCAUGGCUCUCUUCCCCGCUGACAAGCGCCCUGGGCCGCGCGACGUCGUCGCUUCAACUCUCAGCCUCAACACCCCGUUCGGACUCACCCUGGCCCUCGCAAUCGUGUGGUGUGGCUCGGGACUCCGCCUCGUCGGCCCUACCGGUUGGGACGCCGAGGCGGACCCGAACACUGAGCUCAGCCUGCUCGCGGCCGAAGACCAGCCGGUCCCGACCGUCCUCUUCGCCACGCCGGCAUACCAUGCCGCGCUGGUGGCACACACGGCGCACGCGCUCCGAUCGUCGCUCGGCCGCAUCGCUGCGGCCCACAAGCUCCAGGGCAUCCGCAACGGAUGGGUCGGUCGCGAGGGAUGGGCUGACGCGCUCGUAUCCGGCGCGCGCAAGGGCGUGAUGGGUGGCCUUGUUGACAGUCUCCGCGCAAUCCUCGUCGUCGGGGACGUGAGCUAUGCCGCCGCGUCGCGCUCUCACGCGGUUCUGUCACUUCCGCUUACGCGGCUUACGACCUCGCCAUACUCUACUGGCCCGCUCUUUGCAUCUCACUUCUACGACCUGCAGAGCCCAGUCGUGCCCGACGCCUUUGCUCCUGUCGGGGGAAAGGCACAGAAGGCGCACACGGGCCCUCCGGCAAGCAAUGUUGAGGUCCUCCUGCGCGGCGUCGACGAGCCCAUGCCCGAGGAGGGCGAGGUCACUGGCCGUGUGUGGGUCCGCGGACCGAGCGUACUCGACCGUCCUGGCACUGUUGAGGGAUGGAGCGAUGCGGGUGUCAGCGCAGCCGUAGCGAGUAACGGAACGUUUGUCGUCGCCUAG